GAAAAGAUGUCUGCGCCCAUGUUACAAAAUGCGAGCAAAAACAAAGUUGGGUUUCUCGUGUUUAUGAAUUUGCAGUUAAUAUAGGAAGAAUAAACUUGCAUGUAGUCUACCUAAAUUAGAUUGAAAAAUGGAGAAACAUACAGAAAAGCUUGACAGUUUGAAAGAUUUACAGAAUGUCAAAGACCAGAUAGUUGUUGUUAAAGAGGUAUGUAAAGGAUUAAAAUCCAAUGAAGGGGAGGUAACAAAUGUUUUACAGAAGCUGGUUCAGAUUUACAUUACAUUUCCUGCCAAACAUCAAGUCAAAAGAGUCUUGAUCAGUGCCUUCCAGAGUUUACCUUCACAGUCCAGUGACUUUGUUGUUACAGAAUUAAGUAGACAGCUGGAAUGUAUCCUCAAAAUAAGUCUAGUCUCAGGGGAUCUCAGGAAUUACAUAGAUACAGUGGCUGGAUUGAUGGACAAUUUUCCAUUAGGUCAGAAAUGUAUAGACAACCAGUGCUUAGAAAUUCUACAGAAUGUAUCCUCUAUUUUAUCAAGGUUUCUGGCUGAAAACAGUUCAACACAGUCCUCUGUUAGACAAAAUGAGUUGAUGCAUAGCUGUCUAGCUUGCAUCCAGGCAGGGAACAGAAUUUUACAGAAAAGCCACUGUACAUUAUCAAGUAAACAAUCGGAGGGAAUCGGCACUGUAACAACAUCAUUAAUAAAACACAAUAUCAACAUCUUACACACAGAUGAGUUUUUGAUGGAUUGUAAAACAACAUGUGCAAUAAAUGUGAUCUUACUGAUCAGGCUGAAAUUUCCUAAGAGCAUUGUUACAAAGGUUGUGGAGUACAUAUUUCAGGAUACAAACAAAACUUGUGCUGAUAAUUCAGAUUUUCCAACCUUGGCCAGGGAAGAUAACUUAUCUUGUCAGCUGAGUUUACUUUAUGGCACAAUGUCAAUAAUGGAACUGUCAGAACUUGUAGAAGUGCAUGAUGGGAAAUGUUUGCUAUUUGAUUAUAUAUUUCCAUCCCUGACAAAAAUAUCAGAAAAUGGAUAUCCAAACUCCAUCAGUAAAUUGUUAACUGCAAAGUGCUACAAUAUGUGGACUUCUAAAACUUGUUCAUGUUUAAAAUCUGAAGUAGUAUCAGACAAACAGAGGUCAUUGCUAUGUGGUGGAGGUCAGAUUAUAGAGGCCAUCAUGUCAUGUGUUUGGACAGUUUGGGAAGACACAACUGAUGUCAUUAGAAUCAUUGCCAGAGAAAUUUUUGAGAAUGUUCUUAAAAUCCACACCAUGGCCAACUCAUCAGACAUUAGAACCGAUAUCUUCCUACAGAAUCUGACAAAGAAACUGAUCUUCGAUGUCAGCUGGUCAAGCAAAGGAAAAUAUGGGAUGUUAAGUAACCUAGUCCAGAUUAUAGGGACUGACCUUAUCUUACAGCAGACCUCUGACCUCUCCAGCAUCAUACUGUCACAGAUGAGUGAGCAUGCAUUAGCCUGUCAUGCCAGUGAAUUGUAUAUACAGCUGUCUUUUAAAAAUCAGAAAGAAAAGCCUGAGAAAUGGAUGUCAAUGUGGAUAGAUCCUAUGCUGAAAGUUCUAGCUCUGGACAACAAACAACAAAUAAACAAUGUUAUAGAGUAUAUUUUAACAAAACUGUUGAAGAAGGAUAAAGAAAUACUUCCAUACAUUCUGAAACAACUGUCAACACAAUCUGAUACUUCAAAAAUGUCAUCGCUGGUGACUUGUUUACGUAGAGCCAGAGUUAUGGGACUUUUAGACAAACAAUUGGAAUCAGAGGACAGUGUCAACAAUCUGAUAAAUAUGUCUGUUAUGCAACAAGCGUUAUGUCAUAUAGAUGAGCAGGUUAGACUUGAUGCUUUUGCCUUUAUCUGUGAAAGUAAUAAAACCACAGCAGUGGUCUGUGCUUGGGAGGUACAGCUCAUUAAGACAUUCCUACCUUGGAACUUAAAUAGUCAGUCACCUGGAUUUAGACAACUUCUAUUGUCACAACUGAAAAAGCUGCUAUGUAGAAUGAUGGAAAGUGAAACAGUGAUGUUACGUCAGAUAAAAAAGAUGAAUAAUACUGCUGACUGUCAGGUUAUGAAUGAGAGACAGAGCUUAAAACAGUACAAGGAUUUUCUAUCCUGGUUGACUAGACAUUUAUUCAGCUGUUUACAUCCAGGAUCCUCAUUCCCCAGAAAAACAACAUGUCUGACAGCCUUAAACUUACUGGUGGAUAUAUUUGGUACACCGUCUGCUGAAGGCUUCAGUGUUUGUAAUGAGAUAGAAGGAGAAGAUUUCAAUGUUUUGAUAGAAUGUCUGACAGAUACAUUUGAAGAUAAUAAAAUGGAGGCUUACAAACUUCUCAAAUAUCUCUCAACAUUAGACUUCAUGAAACAGACAUUUGAUUCUGUGGAUGGAUUAUUUGAAACAGCCCUGAACUUAGCAGGCAGCACUCGUCCCCUAGAUAGCACAACAGCAGCAUACAUGUUUAGAAUCUUACUGCUGCAAGCAGAGUUCUUCCCAGUCACGACAAAGGAAUCAAAGUCAAGGUCAUUCAUUAUUUCCUGUGGACAACCAUCUUUACCAGAAAUUUCUGACAACCAAUCAGGAAGAGUUUUACAUCUGUUGACAUGGUUGAUGGAAUAUCUGAAGUAUCAGAUAAAUAUGGCAGAACAGAGUUUGAUGUCUGCUGCUUGUAGUAAACCAUUGUAUCCAACUUUACAUAGCAUACGAUACGUCAUCCAAGAUGUCAGCUUUAAGUCAAUAUUGACAUCAGAUAUUCCGUUUUGGAGAACAAUUGUAGCAGACCUCAUCAAAUGUUGUCUACAGAUAUCACAGAUUGUCUCCCCAGUUGUUCAGAAUUCAUCACCAGAGGGCAACAUUCCUGCAGAAGUUAUGGGUAACAUCACACAAACAACAGAAGGUCUAAUGCCAGAAUAUUUGACAGUGUGCUGCUGGAGAAGUAUAAAGGAGGUCUCUUUACUACUGGGUCUGUUGUGUACUAAUGUACCAGUGAAGAACACAGGGGACCAGGUCUCUGCGGGCCUAAUGACAUGUGAACAGAUAGAUGAAAUUGGAAGCUAUUUUAAGACUCAACUUCUAGAAUCUAUACAUAGAGGAGCAUUUGAAUUGGCUUACGCUGGAUUUGUUAAAAUGUGUGAUAUGUUAUGGAGAAGUACAAUACCAGACCUGUAUAAGCGUCCAAAGCUAUGGCUGUCGCACCUGAUGGGUGAAAUCAAAUCUGUCAGCUCUAAACUGUGUGCUACAAGGAGAAGUGCUGGAGUUCCAUUCUAUGUACAAGCUUUAGUGACCACAGAACCAUUGACCACAGGAAGACAGUGCUUCAAACAAGCUAUGGCUGAUUUACUUAAAUUAGCAUUGACAGAGGAGUCACAUGACUUGUCAGAAUCUAAGGUUCAUUCAUUGAAUAUACUUAGAGCCAUGUACAGAGACACAAGGUUGGGAGAAGAUGUAACACCCUUUGUAGCUGGUGGAAUGCAGGCAGCUAUUCUAGGCUUCAAGUCCAAAUUUUGGGCAAUCUGCAAUUCAUCUACGCUGUUAUUUAGUGCUUUGAUGACCAGAGUUUUUGGUGUGAAACGAAGUAAAGAUGAAAGUAGUAUGUCUAAGAAAAAUUGUCAAACUGGUAAAGCAUUUUUCCACAAGUAUCCAGGACUGUAUAAUUUUAUGCUUGAUUUAUUAGCUGAGGCUACACAGAAUGUUGAAGAACAUGGUACAGUUCACCUUCAUCCUUCUCUCUAUCCAUUGUUGAUGGUGCUAGCUAGACUGUUUCCAUCUCCACUGGAGGGAACAGAUACUAGUCUGAAUCUGUCAGCCUUCAUUCCUUACAUAUUAAGAUGUAGCAGUAGUGCAGUCCUGAAGACAAGACAGAUGUCUGCUAAAGCUUUACAACCUCUAGUUAUAGGCAGUAAUGUUGUCAAUGUACUUACUGACCUAAUUCAUAGACUUCCUGUUAAUAGAGACCAUGUCCACUAUAGUCAGGUCCAUGGAGUUUUAUUACAGAUCCAUAGUGUGGUAGAGAUAUUUCCAUCUUUGGAGAGUAACAUCAGACAACAAUCACAACAGAUUUUAGUUGAGGAAUGGUUGAAGAGAACUUGGCUAGUGUCAAGGUUGAACGCUUGUCAUGUGAUUAAAAAAGAGGCCUUGAACCUGGCAUCAAAAUUGCUGACAGAAAUUUCUGAAGAUAAAGAACCUGAUUCAAAUACAAAAUGUCUACAGCACAACUUGUUUACAGCAUUAUCAGAGGAAAAGAUUCUCCUCACAGAACCUUAUAAACAGGCUGGUCCAGGGUUCAUAGAAUAUCUCACAACACUGGCUAAUUUGCUGCUAUAUCACUGUUCUAAGAGAGAUAACUUGAAAGAAAUCAGACAUAUGGGAGAUAACUUAGUAGAUUCUAAUAUGAAGGGAGACAAUUCUGGUGAAAGCAACUUGAGAGGAGUAAUUGUUCAAAAUUCAAUGGGAGACAACUCUUCAGAACUUGGAUGUAUAGGAGAUAACUCUAUUGAAGCUAGACUAAUGUUGAUAUUGAAUUGCUGUCAUUAUGAAAUCAGGAUGAUAGGGUUGAUGUAUGUUCACAGUGUCUGUAUUGACCAGGAGGCAGGAGAUGAUUUUCAUGUUGUGUUUGAAUGUGAUUUACCAUCUGUCAAUGAGGAAACAGUUCAGAGGACUUUGUCUUCCACAGAAGUGUUGGGGAAAUUGAUACACAUGGCAUCAGAUGAGACACACUUUGAAUGUCAGAAGUUGGUUUUCAGAGCACUAACGAACCAUCCAUUAAUGCAGAAAGGCUCUUGGUUUAAAGAUAUAGAUAACUUAUUUCAGCUUUUCCAGCAUUGUAUGAAUUUCAUUGAAACUUGUUCCAGAGAUGAACUUAGGUCAGAGGUCAUACAGUUGACAGGAUUCCUAGUUGGACCAUUAGUGAAGCAUGUUGCAAAGGGGAAAACAACAAAUGAUAAAGAAGUAUCAACUCUACUGCUUCGUUGGAAAGACAUGUUACAUUACUAUAAAGGGACUGAGCAACAUUAUCUGUUACAAGUAGCUGUAAUAAAAGUCCUGAACAAUAACACGGAUCUACUACUCAGGGAUUCAAGUCUAUACUGGGGUGAAACAACUUUUGCAUUCUGGGAAAUCCUGGUAAGUUUGUUGCAAGAAGAUGAUGAAGAAGUAAAAGAUAUGGCUGCAAAGAUUGUCAGUAGAUUGAACCCUGAAGUUCAAGUGACUGUUCACCCAUUCCUUGCCUUAGAUUUGACUGUUGGAUCAAUGUUACAUCACCAUUAUACCAGACACUGGAAGCUAUGUUUGAAAACCAUGUUGAAAUGGAUGGAAACUGAUACCAAAGAAGAAGUGGGUGUUGGUGGACGACUGUUCGACAAAAAUGAGAUGAAUACAUGGAGAGAAGAUAUACAGUUUGUGAACAUUGUGAUGAAAUAUCUUUUACAAAUUAUUCUGUCAUGCAAUACAUCAUCCAUGGCAGGAAUUAAAAAGAAUUUGUCAGAAAUCCAAAAAGUAGUGAACAUCAAGGGAGAUAACUCUACCAUAAUCAAUGAACAAAAGGGAGAGAAUUUAGGUAUGGACUCAACCAGCUUCUCUAGGAUUUUUAAUAAAGAGAAAUUACUUCACCUACAGGCAGAGUUAAUGGACAAAUUUCCAGUUGGUCAAACAUUCAGUUUAGAACCAAUAACAUCAGGCCAUUCAGAGAAAUGGUCAACACUACUUGAUUGUUUAUAUAGUCAUUUGACAUUAGUAUUAAAAGAAGACCUGACAUCUUUAGGACCAUUUAAAGAUGUAAACAAACAUAUUCAUUGUAGUAUAAAUAAGUUAAAAGUAGACUUGGUGCUGCAGCUAUGUCACUGUGUGUCUGAUACAAGGAUUAAUUCUUUACUUCAGGGAAAAUAGAAAAAGAAAUAAAAUAUGCAGGCCACACCAAUUUAAGUUUUAGUUCUUUUGUUUAUAAAAGAGACCCAAAAAAAGGUGCAAGCAAGUAAUACGUUUUCUGAAAACUGUUUUAAAAGAAACAAGUGGAAAAUUUGAUGAGGGAUUCAGCAUUUAGAAGAAAAAAUAUCUCAAAAAUAUUAUAAUGUUGGUGAAGGUAAUUAUUGUUUAAUAUAUAAAAUAUGUGCUUAUUUUUUUUUUUUUUUUGCUGUUAAAUUAUUUUUUUCUAUAGAAAACUUCUUCUCCCAAACAUUUUGCUAGUGAUUUCAAGGAACUAAAAGUUGAUUUUGUGUGGCCUCAGAUCAAAAUGAUA